UCUUCUUCUUCAGUCUCACCGUGAAAGGGAAAAAAGAGCUCAAAUCUGAUCUCCAAUGGCGUCCCAAGACCCUAACCCUAAUCGAACCCCAAUGUACCCCCAAAUCAUCGAAUCAAAUCAACCAUCCGCCCCUCCCCUUCCCCAAUCAUCUUCCUCUUCGUCCCUUUACCCUAAAAUCGACAUGGAUGAUCUGUUGGAGAAUCUCUUCCCGGAUUCCAACGACGGAGCGCAACCCUACCACCCAUCCGCUCCUCCGGAAUCCGUCGAGGAAUCCCUCCUCACCGUUCCCGGUACCAUCCUCCACCUAAUCGACAAGCACUACUCCGUCGAGCUCGCCACCGGAGAUCUCCGCAUCCUCCGCCUCCGCCAGGGCGACAACACCGUCGCCAUUCUCGCCGCCGUCGCCGACGACAUUCAGUGGCCGUUAACCAAAGACCUCGCCGCCGUCAAGCUGGACUCCUCCCACUAUUUCUUCUCCUUCAGUGCCCCAAUCGAAAACGAAGAUUCCGAUUCCAGCGACGAAGACAGGGAAUCGAAGAAGAAGAAGAACAAGAAGAAAAAGGAUAAGAAUAAGACAAAAAACAAAAAAAAUAAAGAAGAAACCGAGGUUUUGAGCUACGGAUUAACGAUACUGUCGAAGGGGAACGAAGGGUCGCCGAACGAAUUGGAUAAAAUUCUCGAAAAUUACAGUAAUUUUUCGGUGCAGAAGGUGGACGAAAAGACGGUGGGGGAAGUUGCAGGGGCAGAAGCGGAAAUAAGCGUAAGGGAAUUGGAAACAGACGAGAAGAAGAAGGCAGAGGUGGAGGGACAGUGUGCAGCAUAUUGGACGACAUUGGCGCCGAAUGUCGAAGAGUAUAGUGGGACAGCUGCGAGGCUUAUUGCAGCGGGAUCUGGACAGCUGGUUAAGGGAAUAUUAUGGUGUGGAGAUGUAACUAUGGAUCGAUUGAAAUGGGGAAACGAGGUUAUGAAGAAGAGGAUGGCUCCCGGAGUUAACGCUGAAGUCGAUCCUGAAAUCUUGAAGAGGAUCAAAAGGGUUAAGAGGGUGACUAAGAUGACGGAGAAAGUGGCGAUCGGAGUACUUUCGGGAGUGGUGAAGGUCUCAGGAUAUUUUACUGGUUCCGUUGCAAACUCUAAAGUAGGAAAGAAGUUCUUUGGUUUGUUGCCCGGGGAAAUUGCCCUUGCUUCUCUCGACGGAUUUAGCAGAAUUUGCGACGCUGUUGAAAUAGCCGGAAAGAAUGUGAUGUCAACCUCUUCCACCGUGACGACUGGACUUGUCUCCCACAGGUAUGGGGAAGAGGCAGCUAAGGCAACAAGUGAGGGACUGGAUGCUGCAGGUCAUGCAGUAGGAACUGCAUGGACUGUAUUUAAAAUACGAAAGGCAUUCAAUCCGAAAAGUGUAUUAUCUCCCUCUGCACUCGCCAAAACUGCUUUGUCUGAAAAGAAAACGAAAAGCUCCAAGUAAUUGAUGACUGGAGAAUUCAUAAACUAGUUAAUUACAAAUAGAUUCCGCGGAAAUAUCAAUUAGGAAAAAAAAUGUUUUAUCAUGUAUAUACUAGUUUUAUAAUUGUCAUCAUUUCAUUGCCAGCCUCUCUUUCUUCUUGUUAAUUGUUUGUAUAAAUGUAUCAGUUUUGUUUUGGAGUACCUACCUGUAGAGUUAGAAAGUUUCAUAGCUGAUUGAUCUUCGUCAAUUUUAUUUAUUUAUUUAUAAAGUCUAACAGUUCUUGAUCUCAUAGAAUCAAACUUUUUGUUGUGUGCUA